AUGACGUUCUGGUGGAAGAAAAGCCCUAAGACUCCUGGGGAUUAUGUGAAACACCUAACGGAGCAAUUGGCGAGGUUUGAACUAGCGGUAUCGGACAAUCGUAAAAAGAUCCAAGAUGAGUGUACAAAGUAUAUCACGGGUACCAAGGAUUUCAUCCUUGGCGAGACAGAUCCAGCACCGAGCGGUGAGGCCAUCGACGAGCUCUACUUCGCGAUUUACGAUGCAGAUUUGUUGUACGACCUACUAGUGCAUUUUCAUGAGCUUGACUUUGAGUCUCGCAAGGACGUGGCGUUGAUAUACGCGACGUGCUUGAGGCGAUCGAAGGACAACAAGUUCACCACAGUGGACUACUUGGUGACGAAGCCAAAAAUCCUCGCAUACAUGUUACGUAUUGCGGAAAUGGCGCUGAACAAACCCAAUGGUACCGAGGUAUUCCUCACGACGGGCGGUAUGAUUCUCGAGUCGAUUAAGUACGAGCAACUAUGUAGGUUGCUUCUAAAGAACCCUCAAAUUUGGACUUUUUUCGACUUUGCCCGUCUGAGUUCGUUUGAGGUAAGCACGGAGAGCUUGCAAAUCUUAACGGAGCUAUUCACCACUCAUACGAAGCUUGUGGCUACCGAGUUCUUCAACCAAGAUGCCAACAUCAAGAAGUUCAUUGACAGGAUCAAUAUGCUAAUGGCGCAUGGGAACUACGUUACCAAACGGCAGAGCGUGAAACUAUUGAGGACGAUGAUUCUUAAUCGGGCUUACGGUCAAUUAAUGAAUAGCUAUAUUAACUCGCCUGAAAAUUUGAAGCUAAAUAUGAUAUUGCUAAGCGACCGUUCCAAAAAUUUACAGCUAGAGUCCUUCAACGUCUUUAAAGUCGUCGUGGCUAAUCCUAGAAAAUCGAAACCAGUGCUGGACAUUUUAAUCAAAAACAGAGAUAAAUUAUUGAAAUUUUUUGAGAACUUUGGCGUAGAUACCAAAGACACUACAUUGUUGGAUGAAAAGGAGUUCGUUGUUGCUCAGAUUGAAGGCCUUCCACGGCUUAUGAGCUCAAAUACUGAAAAUAACUUAGGGUCCUCUCCGCAGAAAAACCUCGUUGCUUAG